UGGGACAGAGUUAUAAUGCGUUCGUGGUGAGCGGAUAUGCAUCACGCGAGCAAGUUCUCUGCGACAUGACCAGAAGAAGCUGCCCAUAUUUGCCGGAGCAGGAACACACGACGCCACCACCAGUUCAGGAAACACCUAAAAACGUUAAAUAUAAGUUAAAAGCACCGUCGGAUUUUAGAAGCCAAUUUCUUUUAGAACUAGAAGAUCGCGAAAAGAAAAGGAUAGAUGAAGAAUUACAACAACAGGAAGAAGAACGACAGAAAAUGAUAACUGAAUUCGAGCGUCCACCGCCGGAUGAAUAUUUUGGCCACAGAAUACAUGCGUGGGUGGUUCUUCUGCCGGAUGAUAAAGGUGCGAGAAGUAGCGAAAUCACCAAACCCAUUUUUCUCGAGUCUUCCUCUGGGAUGUCCUACAAUCCGGCCGAUGAAGAAACUAACUCGUUGUAUCUGGGAGUCGAAAGCAUCUGGAACGAUCAAAAUUAUUGGGUGAAUAUGCAAUCGCGGGAAAAGAGCUGCGCGGAAAUCAAUUGGGACUUGAGCAAAGUCGAAUUCUGGGAGCACUUACUUCCUGGUGAACCUCGUGUUGCGCGAAAAGAUGCGGAUGAGAACGAGGAAGAUGUUGGCGUGGAGCGAGAUAAGCAUUUGGACAUGCCGGCUUCGUACGUGAAUGAAAUCCAAAUCCACAGCUUAGAUUUCGAGAGACGAUAUCCACAAGGCAGUAAGACGAUGUUUUACAAGAAGACCAAGGUAGAAUUAUAUGCGCCUUAUUUCCAAAUGGAUGGUUUGAUACAACGAGUAACCAUUUACAAAGAUUAUAAAUAUACCAUUCCCGUUCAAAGUUACGAAAAGUAUUUGAACAGGAGCGACUGUCUUACGAAAUCCACAAAGGAUUUUAAUACGGAUAUUAUCACGGAUUUCUUUGAGAAGGGUCGAUCGGAUCAUUGUAAAGAGAAUCACUAUCUCGCAUCUGAUACUGCCUCGAUAGACAACGAGAGAACGAUAGACUUUUACGAUAGCGCGCAGGUUGAUGGAUUAUCGCGCAUAGAAAUGGGUCCAUUUCAUUUGACUCAAUAUUACACGAAUCGUGAAGAUUUUCUUUAUUAUAGGCACGUUGAAUAUUCAAAGGUAAACAAAGAUAUUCCAGCGGAUGGUACAUACGUACAAUUUCGACUUGUUUCAAAAAUCAUUGAGAAAUACCAUAGGAAUGAAGAAAUUCCGGCUUGCAAGGACGUAGCCAUCCGUGAAUUCGUGAUGACGGAGAAUGAAAUUCGCAUUAAAUUUCAUUAUGAUAAAAAUCAGAGUACCAGAGCUAGUCGUACGUUCAUAAAACCAUCAUUAGCUGAUAGAGGAGAUCGUUUGGUGUUUGAUCCUACAAUGACAUACGGAUACAAUCCUGAUUCGACUGCACUUCCGGAAAAAGUCGAUCUCUUUUAUGAUCUCGAUAAGCACUUGAAAGCCGAAGAUCAUUCCAUACUCUGUAUCAGGGACGCCGAAACCGAAAUCAUGGGAUUCCUAAAAAGAAGGAUCGAUGAAAAUUCAAAUCCGCAGCUCGCCAUUUCGUUAUUCGACAGAAAUCGAAUAGUCGAGAUAGGAGAAUUGGAAGCGGAUGUGGUAAAGGGUCCAAAUAAGCACGAGGAUGUCACGCGAGAGAUCGAUCCAUUAGGACCUUACUUAGCACGAUUAGGCAAUCCGGAGAACGUCAGCAAGGCAGAAGCUUAUCUGUUGCGCGACGAAUGUUUAAAUGACUUUAAGCAGUUGUCUAUCAAUAAAGCGAAUUAUAUUCUACGCAUCAUCGAAAAGCACUCUGCGGAACUGGAAAAGAUGCAAACUUUGUUGACACAGUCUGUUGAUUUAACGAAAACGGAGGAGGAUCAAAUACUAGCCAAGAUAAACGAGAUAAGUUUCAACGUACACGUGUUGGAAACAUAUCUCAAUUGGCAUAGAGAUCAAGUGCCGCAGAGAUAUAAGAUAUUGGUGGAUCAUUUGCGGCAAAAUCCUCGUCUGCAAGUACUUCAGAAAUAGUAAAAAAAAAAAUAUUGAGAAAUUAUACAGAAAGAAUAUGUAAGUAUAAAAAUAUUAACUUGGAUAAAAAUCUCGUUUGUCUCAUGUUGCAAAAAUCAUAUUCAUUUUAUAUCAUCGAGGAAGAUACAUUGGCAAAGUGUAUAAUAUAUUUAUUGAAAGGACCACGAGCCCAUUUGACCAAUGCACCGACCUGAAAUGAUUUUGAAAAAUAAAAACGUCUAUACGAGACAACUUUCUCUAAUUCUGAUUUUGUGUUAUUACCUUCGUCAUCAAAAGUGGCCAAUGUGAAUUUACUAAGUUUGUUUGUGAAGCUUCCACUGGGGGAAACUAGCGGAUGAUCCAGUUGAUCGUUGUUACCAUCGCUGUUGACAAAUUGACGUCGAUAGUCCUCGGCGAAGCCGGAAAUGAGUGUAUCCAUCAUUGGUGCCUGAAACAUCAAUCUUCAUUUAAUUUUAUU